AGUUCUAAUCAACUCGCCCGGGAGCCCGAAGGUCCGUCUCGCAGAGCAGCUCAGCGGUUGAGAUUGAAGGCGACGCAACCUUCCCUCUCCAUCACUCAAUCUCAGUGCCUCUUGAUCCAUCCGCUCUGCCCCGAACGUGAAAACUGAUCCAUCCAUCCGCUCACCCGAAAGGCUCCUGAUUUCGUGCCGUCAAAGGAAACUUCAAAAUGCCAAGCUACACUCGUCAACAGUAUCUCACACUCAUUGUGUUCGCCGUCGCCGACUUCUGCAACGCCGUCUGCGUUUCUCUACAGGCGCCGUUUUACCCCAUGAUGGCCGAAUCUAAGGGCGCCUCAGCUACUCAAUAUGGGUUUGUGUUUGGGGUGUUCGAACUGGUUGUGUUCAUCGCCAGCCCCAUCUACGGUAACUACAUCAACCAAAUCGGUCCCAAGUUCAUGUUCAACGCGGGCAUCUUCACCACGGCUACCACCUGCAUUCUGUUCGGUUUCCUCGACCGCAUCACUGACACCGAUAUUUUCAUCGGCUUCUCCUUCGCCAUCAGGAUCAUCGAGGCCAUGGGCAAUGCGGGAUUCCUAACGGCCUCCUUCAGCAUCAUUGCGAAAGAAUUCCCCGAAAACGUCGGAGCUACUUUCGCCUCACUGGAAACUUGCUAUGGUUUGGGGAUGAUCGCGGGUCCCACCGUCGGAGGCGCCCUCUUUGAAGUAGGCGGGUACACCCUGCCCUUCGUCAGUCUGGGAGGAACUCUGAUCGCCGCUGCGACCCUGACUUACUGUAUCCUGCCCAGCCACAGCGACUUCGGCGGAGAGAAGGAAUCCUCCGGCAACAUCCUCCAGUUAGUCAAGGUGCCCUCCAUCGCUCUCGCUGCUUACGCCAUCAUAGCGUCCUCCAUCAGCAUCGGCUUCCUUCAGGCAACUCUCGAACCCCACCUGAGGUCCUUCGAACUCUCGCCCUUGCAGCUGGGUUUCAUGUUCAUCCUGAAUGGCGCGACUUACGGGAUCUUCGCACCGCUUUGGGGGUGGCUCUGCGAUAAGCAUAUCAAUCCUACAAUUGUGGUCAUCUUCGGCGCCUUCGUCAUCGUCACGUCUUUCCUGAUGGUGGGGCCAGCUCCCUUCCUCCCCAUCGGCCCCAUUACCAUCCCCGUCUGCAUCGUAGCCCUCAUCCUUCAUGGCAUCGGAUUCGGUGCCGAGUUGGUCGCCACCUUUACCAGUGCCCACAGAGACGCUGUUGCUAACGGCUUCCCCGAUGAUAUCCAAACCUACGGCAUGGUAUCGGGCAUGUGGGCCUCGACCUUUGCUCUGGGGGCUUUCAUUGGCCCUUCCGCUGCCGGCGCACUGUUUGACCACAUAGGCUUCGAGUGGGCCACGCAGUUCGUCGUAGGUCUACACGUUCUGGUGGCGGUGGCAUUCAUCACGAAUUUGUGCUGUAGCAAAAAGACGACUCACGAGGGACUUUAUACCAAGAUUCACAACAGCUUGGCAGCAACCGACGCAGAGAAGGCGUGUCUCAUCACGACCAGCGGGCCAAAGCCCAGAAUCAGUCCUCAGGUGUCCAUCGCCGAUUCUUCGUACAACAGCGGCGUAUCCGAUUCCUCUCACGAGUAUUACGUGUCCUGAUGUCCAAAUCCUACGUAGUCAAUCAGCUGGUGCAGCUAUAGUGUCCCUACCAGGAUGUAAUGCAGUCUCGGGUCGGCCGGGUUGCUGCUAGUUAUCGUGGCGUAGGAGUUUAGUCAAUUGGCGCUCGAAGGAGCUGUUUAGGUCCCCUUGUAGCUUUCCUCCAUGGCCCUGCCUGCCUUGCCAUUCUAAGCAAGUUAUUGUUGUUAUUAUUAUUAUAUUAUUUUUAUAAUAUUUUUAUUCGCAUUGGUCAAAUACUUUGAACAUAGUAAACUUAUAUUUUCAUUUUGAUCUUGUAAGGCAAUUUAAAACUGUAUUUAAAUUUCCAUUACGAAUGUGAGGUCGAAAUGUGAUAUCGUGUAUGCAAACAAAUGCAUGCAUUUGUGUUGCAGACACGGUUGUACUGUUCCUUUGAUAUUUGCUCAGGUAGCAUAACAGAGAAGUGUUGUUGGUGACUGUUUUUACGAUGAUUAUAACACGAAAGAAUGACGACGAAAUAAAAGAAAUUUUGUUAAA